AUGCCUUUACCUCGUUUAAAUUCUGAACAAAAAAAACUCGAUCGAGCAUUUCUUUCAUCGUUAAAUUUUGAUGAAACUGGCAUUGAAAUCAAUCGACUAAGUUUAAUAUUUAAUAAACUAUGUAUAAAUAAUAAUUAUCAAUUAACACGUGAAUAUUUUCGUGAUUUUCUUUCAAAAAUAUUUGAUCUCAAUGAUGAAACUAUAGUUGAACGUUUAUUUAUAUUAAUUGGUCAAGGUGAAAAAACCUUGUCAUUAAAACAAUUUCUUUCUGCAAUUAAUUUAUUAUUAUAUGCAUCGUAUGAUGAACAAAUUAAAUUUAUUUUUCGUGUAUACGAUGUAAGUGCUGAUGGAAAUUUACAACGAGAAGAAUUAUUUACAUUCUUACGUAAAGAUUUACUGAUAGUCAAUGAAAAAGAAGAUGCCGAUAUGAUUUUACAUGAAUUUAUAACAUUAUUAUUUAAAAAAUUUGAUAAAGAUCAUGAUGGCGUUAUUAGUUCUGAUGAUUAUAAACGAACAUGUCAAGAAAAUCCAACACUUAUUCAAUGUUUUGGUCAAGUUUUACCACGUCUUUUUCGAAAACAAAUGGUUAAAUCAAUGUUAAAUGGAAAUAUGUCGAUCAUAUCGAAAAAUGAAAACAAUUUAAUUCGAGAGUAA